CUCUUCGCUUUUUCAUUACGGAUAAAUGUACUAAAAAAAAUAUCUUUGGUUGUGAAACUAGUGAAUGAAUGUAAAACGCGGCAUCGCGGCACGCUAUUGUAAUAGGUACAGAAGUAAUUACUUAACUACGAGGCACUAACUGUUAAUAAGUAUGGCUUCUAAUGAGGGACGAAGUGCUCAAUCUAACUUGCAUCAGCAAGAUCUGUCUAAAUUAGAUGUUACAAAACUAUCAGCUCUUUCACCUGAAGUAAUAUCGAGACAAGCUACCAUAAAUAUUGGUACUAUUGGUCAUGUAGCUCAUGGAAAAUCAACAGUUGUCAAAGCUAUUUCAGGUGUACAAACUGUUCGAUUCAAGAAUGAGUUGGAAAGAAACAUUACUAUCAAACUGGGCUACGCUAACGCCAAAAUCUACAAAUGCGACAACCCGAAGUGUCCACGGCCUACGAGCUUCAUAUCCGGUGGUUCCUCGAAAGAUGACAAUUUCCCGUGCCUGCGUGCCGCGUGUACUGGCCGCUUCCAACUAGUGCGUCACGUGAGCUUCGUCGACUGCCCUGGUCACGACAUUCUUAUGGCCACCAUGCUUAACGGAGCUGCUGUGAUGGAUGCAGCUCUACUACUCAUUGCAGGCAAUGAAUCGUGCCCGCAGCCUCAAACGAGUGAACACUUAGCGGCCAUUGAGAUUAUGAAACUGAAACAUAUACUCAUACUUCAAAACAAGAUUGACUUAGUGAAAGAAGGCCAGGCUAAAGAACAACAUGAACAGAUUGUUAAAUUUGUGCAAGGCACUGUUGCGGAAGGUGCUCCCAUCAUUCCUAUAUCUGCACAGCUAAAAUAUAAUAUUGAAGUACUUUGUGAGUACAUUACUAAGAAAAUCCCGGUACCGCUGAGAGACUUUACAUCUCCCCCGCGUAUGAUCGUUAUCCGUUCGUUUGACGUCAACAAGCCUGGUUGUGAAGUGGAUGACCUCAGAGGUGGCGUAGCCGGUGGUUCCAUCCUCCAAGGAGUUCUCACCGUUGGAAUGGAGAUUGAAGUGCGUCCCGGUUUAGUGAGCAAAGAUGCCGACGGCAAGUUGACAUGCCGCCCAAUAUUCUCCCGCAUCGUAUCUCUGUUCGCGGAACAAAACGAGCUCCAAUACGCGGUGCCCGGCGGAUUGAUCGGUGUCGGAACUAAGAUCGAGCCGACUCUUUGCCGAGCUGAUCGACUCGUUGGACAGGUUAGUAUAUUGUUAGGUUUCGGGGUAAAAUUAAUGCCAAUUUAAUUCAUAAUCCGACUAUUUAUUUAACGUUUUAAAAUUACAAAAGCUUAU